UGCCAUUUGAGACACAACUCCUCAGGGUCUUAACCUGGACCUAACUACCUUCCUUGUAAGAGUUGUUUUGGUCAGUGUAUGGGGUUUAUGACGUCAGGAKUCCUCCCCUAUUCCAGUGGCAAUAUUAUUUUAUUGGUAACCACUCAUACUUGCAGUAUCAGUAGGUCUAGUGGGCUAGGCCUAUGAAAUUGAACAUGCCGCAAACAAAAUUGCACCUAGGAGCCAAUAGUCUAUUUUAUCUUUGGAAUAGUGGACUAAAGAUAAUCUCCGCACACUGAUAACAUUGAGACAUGAAACAAUGUAUUUGUACGGUAUCUCAUAACGAUACUGAGUUAGUUUUCAAUCUAUUGAAACAUUGCCACACAGACAUACCUAACAGAAUGACUUAAAACACCAUAAAGGCUUCAGAUGUGAUUAUGCCAGUGCUAUUACAAAAAAAGUCUUUMUUUUUCUCUUUCUUGACUGCCUGAUAUGUCAUCAAAAUAGGAUAUUUUGGCAACUGGGUUAAAAGUUAUUCAUUGCUCUUUUAUACUGUAUUCCCACUGAUCUGAUGGCUUGCUUACUCUUCACUUUGCACUAGUCCUCAUUAAAUAUCCCAUGCUGUCCCACUUUCGGACAUUGUGCUGAUCCAAUUUAGGGAUCUCUUCAGCAAGAAUUAUCUUGUUUUGACCACCUUGCAAAGCACCAUGGGAGGCCAGGGCUUAUGCAGAGUAGUAAGUACCAGGGGUAUAAAACACAACCCUCAGACAAGUCCCCUCAUAAAGACCUUUACAGAAGCUUACCUUCAAUUGGAUCUAUAGCUCAGAGCACUACCUCCGUUUACUACUCAGUACGGGUGACCAAAAGCMACUAGGAAACAUGGUUCUUGAGGGGGAUUCGGACAUGGAGAGUGUUGUUGCUGAGAUUGAAACCUCUGAGCACGAUGUGGAGACUCCCCAUGGAAGGAUCCACUGCACCAUGAAGGGGAUGCCCAAAGGAGACCGGCCCGUCAUCCUCACCUUCCAUGACAUUGGACUGAACCACAAGACGUGCUUUGACUCCAUGUUCCAGCACGAGGACAUGCAGGAGAUCAUGCAGCACUUUGCUGUGUGCCACGUCGAUGCCCCUGGGCAGCACGAGGGGGCCAACACUUUCUCUACUGGGUACGAGUACCCCUCCAUGGAUCAGCUGUCUGAGUCCCUCCCCCUGGUCCUCAAGCAUUUUGGCCUGAAAAGCAUCAUUGGAAUAGCCGUUGGAGCUGGAGCCUACAUCCUGGCGAGAUUCGCUCUGGACUACCCAGCAUUGGUGGAAGGCCUGGUUCUGGUUAACAUCAACCACUGUGCUGAGGGAUGGAUGGACUGGGCUGCAAACAAGGUCACUGCUUUGCCUGAAAUGCUCAUCGGCCAUCUCUUCGGGAAGGAGGAAAUAUCCAACAACCAUGACCUUAUCGCCACCUACCGCCAUCACAUCAUGAACGACAUGAACCAGUACAACCUGCACCACUUUGUCAAAGCUUACAACAGCCGGCGGGAUCUGGAGAUUGAGAGGCCCAUUCCUGGUGGGAAAGUCUCCGUCAGAACCCUGAAGUGUCCUUCUCUGUUGGUGGUAGGAGACAGCUCUCCGGCUGUUGACGCUGUGGUAGAGUGCAAUACUAAGCUGGACCCGACAAAGACCACACUGCUCAAGAUGGCGGAUUGCGGAGGCCUGCCCAUGGUUGACCAGCCUGCAAAGCUGACAGAGGCCUUCAAGUACUUCAUUCAGGGAAUGGGCUACAUGCCCGCCGCCAGCAUGACCAGACUGGUCCGCUCUCGCACUGCCUCCGGCUCCAGCAUCCACUCCAUGGAUGGCAACAGGAGCCGGUCUCACACCAACGAGGGAAACAGGAGCCGGUCACACACCAACGAGAAGCGUGGCCGCUCCCACACGGACAGUAUGGAAGGCACAGCGAACAGCAGCACUGCGCUCAAGUCCACCGAAGUGUCCUGCUAGAUGACUCUUACAUGACACUCAACCUUUAACCUCUGGCCCCCUGGUUCCUGCUGCGCUACCACUAACCACACCUACAAACACACAUACUCAACUAGAGAAUGUCUCUAUGCCAAAGAGUUAUGCGAAGAGGUUGUGUGUGUAAGGCUAUGCAAGUAUAUACUACUGCAUUAUGAAGGAAAUUCCUUAGAGGGAAAAACGUAUUUUGAAAUAAACAGAUCCCUUCCCAUCUGCCGAGUCAGGUGGAAUAUCUAGUUGUUAGUGGCAACGCAGCAGAGUGACACAGCACAACGGAGAAUGUGGGAGAAAGCUGUGGCUGCAGAACCAGUACUUAGUACAGCAGUUUGUUUAAAUCUAUCAUGACAGUUUUUUUCUUUUUUGUCUAUAGUUCUUUAUUACAAAUGACACAGCUUUCUCAAAUGUGUACCUGACUAUAAAUGACUUUCUAAUUGUUCAUCGUUAACUUUUCAAUGUUAUGAUUAAUGUACUGUGGGAUACAGGAUAGAAGUGGCGUAAGAAUAGGUAGGCAAGUGGAUAAAAAAUAAAUAUAUAUGGCGUCUUUUUUAUCUUCUCAAAUUGCUAUUGAUCUUUGAAACUUUGGAAAGGAGGGAAUUGAAAAGUAUCAUGUACAUACAACACAUUCCUGUAAUGAUUCCUCUUUCAGGAUGUCUGUUUCGUCUGGAGUUAACAUUCUUCUGGAUGUAUUGUAGAACAUUUCAUGAGAUUAUCAUUUCAUUAAUCAAACAAACGCAUACUGUUGCUUUAUUAACAGAUCAUGGCUUCAGGCACAAUUGUUCUUUUGGAUAUUUCUUCUUGUGUAAAUGAUUAUUUCUAUGAAAUCACGGCAAACAAAGAUAAUGUGCCAUGGAAACUUAUUAAGGCUCCUUUGUUGUGAUGGAUUUGAGAAAGUCAAGCCGAUCCACAUGAUGUAAUAUAAAGAUCCGAGUUAGCCAUAGAGCUUAUCAAAAACCCUCCCACUCUUACGUGCACUACAGCAACACUUGCCGGUGCCGUAGAACACCGGACUACAUCGCUUUAUAAAGAUGCAUAACUGCCUAAUGCUGUAGAUGAGAAGCAUUAAAUAUAGCAUGUAUUUAUUAAAAACCUAUAACUUUU